AUGGUUCGGGAGGAACAAGGGGGCCAGAAUCGAACAGCCUUACGGGCGAAAAGGGGGUCACGUUGCGGAAUUGAUGUUCGGGCGAGUAUCGCGCACACGCACGGCGGUCCUGGAAAGAAGAUAGAAGGGCUGCGGAAGGUGCAGAAACAAAGGAAGAGAAGGAGGGACUACAGAGGAAAUGCGAAUGUGGAGAUGGGGGAGAACGAGAUGGAGCGAGAGAGGGAGAGUGUCUGUGGUUGGCCGAACCAGAGGAGCCACUGGGGCUGGCACGGAGAAGACUCGUCGAGCCUUUUGGAUGGGAUAUCCAGGCUUUCCUUGUCUUCGCCGACGGGUCAGCGAGUCAGCAUCUUGCGAGACGAUCUGGCCGGCCGGCAGCCUCUGUCAACCGCGGGCUUGCCCUGGCCCUGCUUUCUACGGAGAAUUCUACGGAGAGGACGACACAUGCGUGUUCACUUGGACGCCGAUCCGGGCGAUAAACGGGACGUGGCGGCCCUGUUGCCAGCGGGGCACGAGCCGAUAAGCUGCGAACCACCGAUACACAGACACAACGCUCGUCAUCGACCGCGAUGGGCGAUCGUUGUUGUUCAUCGCGCAGAAGCGAGUGCCGAUGUCGUCAGCCCCGACUGGAGGAUCGACUUGGCUGAUCGGUUUCCCCCUCUGCUCACUACGCUCGUCGAGGCUCGCCAGCAACAACACCUCCAGGGUCUGUACUACCGUUCUCCUGCAUCGCGGACCGCAGCGUGGCCUGGUAGAUCCCCCGUGCGAUCGAUCAGCCUAUCCCCGCCCACAGUCGCUCCCCCGACGGUGCGGUGGCGAAAUGCCGACAAAAAACUGCUGGAGAGACGAUGA